AUGUCUCAACAGACAGGCACCCCGGUGAGAACGAACCAUAGGACCGUGCAUAUAGGAACGAAUUUGUUCCCGGACGAAAUGCAGGAUGAGGGACUGUCGCCCUUACCCGAGUCGAUCCCGCAAGUCCAAGUUGGAAGGCAGGGAGAGAUGGAAGAAACCCUGAGAGCUAUCCGGGAUAGUGUGGCGAGUUUGGCUGACCGAAUCUCGAACGCCGAGAGAAGGGGGGCGCAUAACCCAACUCGCGCGAGUUUCGAAGAAAGAAGGGGACCGUUCACAAGAGCGAUCAUCCGGUCCGUCCGGCCAAGCGCAGCCAAGCCGCUCAAACUGAGUUACAAUGGGGAUCGAGACCCCCAUCUCUUCCUCGAUAGUUUCAAGUCUCACAUGAAAGCUAAAGGGUACUCGGAUGCAAUAUGCUGCAAUAUGUUCCAGGAGACAUUAGAAGGGGAAGCACUGAGUUGGUUCUACAAGCUCCCAUCAAACUUGAUCGAUUGCUUCCGAGAACUGGCGGACAAGUUCGUCAAUAGAUUCAUUUUACGAACGGAUGGGCAGAAUACCGCCCAGUUGUUCAAGGUGAAGCAAGAUAGGGGUGAGGGAUUGAAAGCUUUCGUGAAUCGAUGGCAAGGUGCCAUGGCCAGAGUUAGGAAUUUUGACAAGAAGGUUGCAGAGGAAGCAUUCAUUCAAGGACUGCUUCUUGGAAAAUUUAUAGACCUCGACCGGGAAGAUGAAGGUCGGAGAGCAAGGAGGAGGAUCGCCUGUACAAGUGGUCUAGGAGAUAAGGGCCUGGACGGGGAGCAAGAGCCGAACUCGCACCCAGCUGGAAAGAGGCACAAAGGAAAAAGCUGGGGGAAGGCAGGGAAGCAGCAUAACGCACAAGGAAAGACAAAAGGGCCUUACCAAGAUACCGGGUACGCGAGGACGGCACCGGCAAGCAAUGAGCACUUCUUGGUGCUCAACGCCACCUACGAGGUGAUAUGGAAUGAGAAUAAGUCCGCCAUCCCGCCUCCCCCUACCCGAAAGUUCCCCCCAUCCCGACUCACCAAGGAAGACACCGGAAAAUUUUGUGGGUAUCACGGGGAAGCAAGCCAUAACAUUAACAGCUGCAUAGAAUUGAAAAAGGCAGUAGAGCGCUGGAUACAAGAAGAAAAACUGCAGCAGUAUGUGCCUUGGUCGAGACAUGUGGGGGCAAUUGAAGUAUAUGAGACAAUCAACACCAUCCAUGGCGGGUCCCGUAUAGAUAAUAGAAGCAACAAGACAAAAAAGCAGUGUACAGGAUCCAGGGAUGGCCGGGAGGUCUUUGCCUUUGGGAGUAGCAGUAAUCAGCAAGUGACAACAGGUUGGAAGUCCGUUACCUUCCUAGAAGAGGAAAAGGAGGGGAUAAGGCCACACGAGGACCCAUUCCUAAUAACAUUGCAACUCGACCAUUAUAUUACAAAGAAGAUCCUGGUUGACACGGGAGCCUCGGUCAACGUGUUGUUCAGGAGUGCCUGGAAAGGACUGCAUCGAGGAAGUAACAAGUUGAUACAAGACCAUGAACCGCUGAUCAGCUUCUCGGGUGAUGUGGUCCAGCCACUAGGAUCGGACAGCUUUGGAGUAAGUAUGGAAGGCCGAGAGGGAAUUGCCAGGGCUACCGUAGAGUUCAUCGUGGUCGAUUGCGAGUCGUCCUAUAACGGGAUCUUGGGAAGGCCCGCGUUGUGGAAGUUGAAGUCUUUUGUUGCCGGCCACAUGUUGAUGAUGAAGGUCCCAACCCCGACCGGAGUCAUUACUAUCUGGGGAGACCAAGCGGUAGCAAGGAGUUGCUAUGCGAUAGACAACGGAAGAAAAAGAUCCGAGGUUCUGUUGGCAAGCCAGGCCAUGGCAUCCCCCUCGGAUCCUUAUGUGGAUCCAAGGGAUGAUACCGACUCAGAUGAGGAGCGUCCGGGGUCGACAGAAGAAACAGAAAUGGUAUCAGUCUCAGAUGAAUUCCCGGAUAGGCAAGUGACCAUCGGGACGGGGCAGGCACCAGGGGUGCGAGCGGCCUUGAAGACCUUUUUGAAGAAAAAUAGUGGGGCAUUCGCUUGGACAUAUAAGGACAUGCCCGGGAUAUCUAGCGGAAUAGUAACACACUAG